UAUUAAUCUAAACAAACGGAGAAGAAAGAAGUCAGAUCUCUCUAAUAUAUAUCCAUGGCAUUUCAUAUUCAGUUUUCUUCACUCUUGAUUUCCACAAGCAAUUUUAUGAUCAGCCGACCACGAGCAUGUCUUGCUCCAACGUCAGUUUCAAGACUGAGAAGCGGAGUUGCUUCUUGUCCAGUUCAAUGCGUUGCAGAUAUUACCAGAAUUUCUAACGAUGAAAAAAUUAUUGCUCGGCGAUCUGCAAACUACCAACCUCCUAUUUGGAACUUCGACUUCGUGCAGUCACUUCAAACUCAAUACACGAGAGAAUCAUACGCAGAACGAUUCGAGAACUUGAAGGAAGUGGUAAGAGAGAUUCUCAGCAAUCUGGAAGAUGACCCUUUAGCCCAACUUGAGCAUAUAGAUAUGCUGCAAAGACUUGGAAUAUCUUAUCACUUUGAUGAGGAAAUAAAGUGUGUGCUAGAAGAAAUAUACAAUAAUAAUUCCAAGAAGAACAAUGAUCUAUAUGCCAUUGCUCUUGAAUUUAGACUCCUACGACAACAUGGGUAUUCUAUGCCUCAAGAGGUCUUCAAUGCUUUCAGGGAUGAGAUGGGGAAUUUCAGUGCUGAUACCGUGGCGAUGCUGUCUUUAUAUGAAGCCUCAUUUCAUAUGAUUAAAGGUGAAAGUAUUUUGGAGGAAGCGCGAGACUUGAGUAUCAAAUGCCUCGAGGAAUACAUAAAGACGAACAAAGUUCAAAACGAUGUUCUUUCUCUACUGGUAAGCCAUGCAUUGGAGCUUCCACUACAUUGGAGAAUGCCAAGGUUGGAGAGUCGGUGGUUCAUCGAUUUGUACGAGAGAAGACACGACAAGAACCCAUUUUUGCUUGAGUUUGCUAAACUAGAUUUCAACAUUGUCCAAUCUACCCACCAAGAAGAUCUGAAACACGCGUCCAGGUGGUGGAGAAAUACAGGCCUAGAAAAGCUUGACUUUGCAAGAGAUAGGUUAGUGGAGAAUUUCUUAUGGACGGUGGGAUUCGCAUAUGAGCCUCAAUUUGGCUACUACAGAAGAACAGGUACCGAAGUAAUUGCCUUCAUAACGCUUAUUGACGACAUAUAUGAUGUUUAUGGCACACUUGAUGAAUUGGAGCUCUUCACGAAUGCUGUUGAGAGAUGGGAUACAGACGCUAUGGAUGAACUACCAGACUACAUGAAGAUGUGUUUUCUUGCUUUCUACAAUUCCGUAAAUGAUAUGGCAUUUCAUUUGCUCAAGGAACAAGGGAUUCACAUUAUUAAGUACCUUAAAAAAGGGUGGGCAGAUCUUUGUAAAGGUUUUUUAGUCGAAGCAAAAUGGUAUUAUAGUGGAUACACACCAACGUUCCAAGAGUACAUUGAUAAUGCGUGGAUUUCAAUAUCAAUACCGAUGAUAUUGGUCCAUGCUUACCUUUUCGCUGCAAAUCCAACGAAAGAGGCAUUGAAUUACUUGGAAGAGUAUUCGAGUAUAUUCCGUCACUCGGGAAUACUUUUUCGACUUCUAGAUGAUCUUGGAACGUCGUCGAAUGAACUCAAAAGAGGCGACGUUCCUAAAUCAAUUCAAUGCUACAUGUACGAAGCUCGUGUUUUGGAAGAAAAGGCUUGUCAAGAUAUAAAGUUAUUAAUUCAUGAAAAAUGGAAGCACGUCAAUGAAGAAAGAGUUGCAGACUCUCCCUUCUCAAAGACAUUCAUUGAAAUUGCAAUGAAUGUUGUCAGGACGGGACAAUUUUUUUACCAAUAUGGGGAUGGAUAUGCUAUUCAAGAUCGUGAAACAAAGGAGCAUAUCGUUUCAUUAUUUGUUGAUCCCAUUCCUCUCUAGUCCAUGGAAAAGCACAGAUUAUCAGCAUAAUUUAAGUAUAUCAUGUCUUCUUAAGUUG